AGUUUGUCUGUGGUUUCUGAUCUCCUCAGCUCCUCAAACUCCAGCAGAUCCACCUCCCUUUAUUCCAUGUCCAACAUUGGUCGUCUGAUGCGGGACCGCUCCCAGUCCAGUUUCUCAGUGUCCUAUAAGAACAUGAAGAAGAGCCCGUCCCUGCAGUCGCUGGACAACAUCUCCAUAGACAGCUACCUGAUGGAGGACGGAGACACGUACAGUCUGCUGGAGAGAGAUGAUGUGUCCAUCUCAGGCUUCAAGGACGCCAUCAGUGAACAGAGUGCCACUGAGAGCGCUACGGAGGCAGUGAUUGGUCAGGAGCAGGAGGGAGGCGUGUCCCCCGACACUGUCAGCGCCACCUCGCAGAGCAUCGAUGAUCCCACCAAAGAUAUUGUGUCGGUGCUGGUGCUGAAGGUGCAGUCGGUGUGUGUGGGCGUGGAGGCGGUUGGCGAGAGCACGGCCGUGGCUUUGGAGGUGGGCCGGGUCACACCCAGCCAGCUGGGCAAUGUCAGCCUGAGACAGUACCUUAGCAACCGCAGCCUGGGUAAGACAAGACUGCGUACACGGUUUAUUCUGCUGAAAUCUGGUGCUUUCUUUUUAGCUCUAAUAUGAAUUGUGUUCUAAUACAACAGGCUUUUUUUGUUGUAUAAUUUCAAGUUUGGAUUCACAUUUUUUCUCACUGCUGACUUUCUUGGCCUUGGAAAAAAUAUUCUUCAUCAAAAUGGGACCAACUUGGUAAAUAAAGGUUGAAAAAAUAAAUAAAUAAAACAAGCUGUAGUAAACAGUAAAUAUUUAACACCAGGCACUGACUUACUAAUUUAAAACCAAAAUCACACUGUGAACAAACAAGAAGACUGAAAUAUUUGGAGGCGUUGGGAU